AUUAUUUUGAAAUAAAUUCCAGGGAUUUUUGGAGUCAUCGUACGCGGAGGGACGUUUGCCACUUUUGGAUCAUGCCGUUAUCGGAGGGAGAAACAUCCAGGCGGGAUACGUGAGAGCGGAGGUGUUUUUGAAUGGCAUUGUUUUCCUGCAUAUUGGCUGAGUUGCCUUGAACUCCACGCAAGGAGAAAAGAAAGCUGGCUAGCUAAGUUGCUAAGCGGCUAGCUAGCUAGCGGCGACUAUCCAGCCAACUCGCGUGCUAUUCACUUCCUUGUUGCACAUUGGAGUGUGAUGGAAGGCGAGAAGAAGUUUGUGAGAAGGCGACGGAGUUUUUUACUCGCACUUUAACACUAUCCGGUGAAUGGAUUUACAUGCUCGCAUGGACAGUGACAAUUUAGAAGAACUGGAUUUUAAAUUUGGAGGUGCUUUGGGCCUGUGCUUUGACCAUGAAAUGGAAUGCGACUGUUUAGCUGGACACAGUUAGCUGGCGGAGACUAGCCGGCUACAUCGACUAGCACUAGCUAGCAAAUCUAGGAGAUGUCCGUCCUGGAAUACAAUGGUUGAGUAUCGACUGCCUCUAUAACUACGCACCAUAUUGUGAAUUUUGUGCAACAGAAUCAGGUGGCACCAAGUGUCAUGAAUUAUCGUCUGGAGUAACUCACUUUAUCUGGAACCUCAAUCGUGCUAGCUUUGUAAUGCUAACGUUAAGCUUGUGAUUUAGCUAGCUAGCUGGCUGGCUGUCUAAUUGUGAAUUUGCUGUAACGUUAGCUAACUAGCCUGUUACACAGCUAGCCCAAUGUUUUGUUCCACAACACAGCAAGGGACAUAGCUUAGGUAAAAAAAAUACAUAAUAUAAUAUUAUUCUCGACGUGGCUAUAGCGUUUAUUUGGUAGAUAAAUGCCUAAUUCGGAGGUGCUUCGUGAGGGUCGGGGACGGAGCCCCUCUGCACAGAGAAAUGCUAAUAGGCAGGACAGGCGUAGUAAACCUGGGAGCGGUGCCGCUCAGCGAGAGAGACACCGUGAGAAGAGGCGGUCAUCGGCUUCUAGGAGAAAGAAACGCAGGCAGCCUAAGGAUAGAGACUUGUGGCACACCGGUACAACGGGAGACCCUGACAAUGGUCGAAAAAGCGCCUUUGAAAAAGAGGUUGAACUUCGGACAUUGGUGGAGUAUGACGACGUGAGCUCCCAGUCGGAGCGCUUUUCUGGGAGCCCCUCUCCUAAACUUGACCCCCAUGCUGACAGUCUCUCCGUGGACCGGCUCAGCGAUGUUGACUUUGGUGACUAUAAUGGACCAGCAACCCCAGACAGAAGUCACCCGAGAGACCGGGAGGCUGUGUGCCUCAGCAAGGACGAACAAACCAGAGGACCAUCCGAGAGGAGCAAGCAGCAGGAGAAGGAGCUGAGCAGGAAAAAGGACCGUCAGAGUCGUGAGAGAGACUCUUCAAAAGCCAGGAGUGGAGGAAGCCUAAGUGGCUCUAAAAAUCACAGAGACACUACAAGGAGCAGUGACAGAAAUGGUAAAAGGACAUCUUCAUCUCAGUCCUCACAAUCUGCAGAUAAAAGGGAUUCGAAAAGGCACAGAAGUAAAACAAGGUCUGACAAAGAGCCCCCGUCUGCAUACAGAGAUGCUCCACAAUCUUACAGAGAUGACCGAGACGACCUCAGGGCAUACAGGAGAAGUCCUGGUUUUAAAGCAGAAAGUCCCUAUGGGACAUCGUAUUCAUACAGCUACCAGUCCCCUGGUGGUUAUAACCAGCUGAUAUCUAGAAGAAGUCCAACUUAUGGGAGCAAAAGACUUUCCCCCAGCUCCACGUAUUACAGUCGGGAUUCAGAUGUGUAUGGGGCGUAUGGUGUGACAAAGUCCCCCAGUUCAUACUCGAGCAACAAAAGGAAGCGAUCCCCUGCGAGCCCGGUGAAUUGGCGCAGGUCACCAAGUUAUGGCCGACACAGUCCAUACGAACAAGGCGAGUUUGGCUCCAGUCCUUAUGGAAACCGCAGGAGAUCACGAAGUCCAUACAGGAAGUCCCUAAGCCCAAGUCCAGAUGUCAGACGAUCUGCUAGGUCACGUAGCAGAAGCCCGUAUUCAACCUCAAGACAUUCACGUUCCCGCAGCCGCCACCGCCACUCUCGCUCCCGCAGUCGCCCCUCCAGUCUUUCGCCGAGCACGCUCACCUUUAAAACCAGCCUCGCCGCUGAGCUCAGCAAGCAGAAAAAGGCUAAAGCCGCAGAAGCCGCCGCCAAGGCCAAGAACUCCAGCAACACUUCGACUCCAACCAAGGGUUCCUCAGCCGCUCAUCAGCCCAGCCCGAAACCGAAUCACACAACCAGGAAGGGCCGCCCUCCCUCCCCACCUCAGCCAGAGAAGGGACCCAGAACUCCCACAUCGAGCCAGCCUCAGUCCCCCACUGACAGGUCGUCCAAGAGGACCACGGAGCACCAGACCAGCAGGGACAGAGACGCGAAGGGCAAGGACGACUCUGUACAUCGUGACAAGAGGAAAGCACCAGCACCGGGACAAGGAAAAGACAAGGAACGAGCUGCUGCUCCACUCAUCUCUACUCUGUCAUCGCUGCCUUUGCCACAAACCGUUCUUGAGCACAUUGACAAAGGAGAAAGCUUGAAGGACAGCUCCGUCUCAGGGAAGAAAAAGUCAGAGAGGAAGGCUCGUCCACUUCUGACCGACUUGCCUCUGCCCCCUGAACUUCCCGGUGGCACAUCUUCCCCGCACAGCCCCCCCGAGGAUAAAAAGACACUUCGCCGAAGACCUAAAAUUUGUGGCCCCAGAUAUGGUGAGUUCAAAGAAACUGAAAUAGAUUGGGGAAAACGAUGCGUGGACAAGUUUGAGAUCAUUGGAAUCACAGGAGAAGGUACCUAUGGUCAAGUGUACAAAGCUAAAGACAAAGACACUGCUGAAAUGGUGGCUCUGAAGAAGGUUCGACUGGACAACGAAAAGGAAGGCUUCCCAAUCACAGCUAUCCGAGAGAUUAAAAUUUUGCGACAACUCAACCACAAGAGCAUCAUAAACAUGAAGGAGAUCGUCACAGACAAGGAGGAUGCUCUGGAUUUCAAGAACGAUAAAGGUGCUUUUUAUCUUGUGUUUGAAUACAUGGACCAUGACCUGAUGGGUUUGCUGGAGUCGGGCCUGGUCCAUUUCAACGAGAGCCACAUCAAAUCUUUCAUGCGACAGUUGCUGGAGGGGCUUGAUUACUGCCACAAGAAGAAUUUCCUGCACAGAGAUAUCAAGUGCUCCAAUAUUCUGCUCAAUAACAAAGGUCAAAUAAAGCUCGCAGACUUUGGUCUUGCUCGUCUGUAUAACUCUGAAGAAAGUCGACCAUACACCAAUAAAGUGAUCACGCUAUGGUACCGCCCCCCAGAGUUGCUUCUGGGAGAAGAGAGGUACACGCCUGCUAUUGAUGUGUGGAGCUGCGGGUGCAUUCUUGGAGAACUGUUCACAAAGAAACCCAUCUUUCAAGCUAACCAGGAACUCGCCCAGUUAGAGCUUAUUAGCCGAAUAUGCGGGAGCCCGUGCCCCGCUGUCUGGCCAGAUGUAAUAAAGCUUCCCUUCUUCAACACCAUGAAACCAAAGAAGCAGUACCGGAGACGGUUACGAGAGGAGUUUGCUUUCAUCCCUCCAUCUGCUCUGGACCUGUUUGACCACAUGCUGAACUUGGACCCGAGCAAACGCUGCACGGCUGAACAAGCGCUGGGCAGCGAGUUUCUCAAAGACGUGGAUCCGGACAAGAUGCCUCCACCAGAUCUUCCCCUGUGGCAGGACUGUCACGAGCUGUGGAGCAAGAAACGCAGACGGCAGAAGCAGAUGCCAGAAGAACUUGCUGCCCCUAAGGCGCCACGCAAAGAGCUGGGCCUCGACGACAGUCGCAGUAACACUCCGCAGGGUUUCUCUGCCCCUGGAGGUAUCAAAGCCCAGAAUGCAGCUGCUUCUGCACUGCUCGAUCCAAAGGGUCCAAAUUCACAGUUCACUCAGGAGCAGCUGGCAGUCCUCCUGAACUUCUUUGGCCAGCCCAAGAGUUCAGCCAACACAGCCCAGUUUGUCCAGUCCAUGAGCACAAAGGUCAACCAGGAGACGUUACAGCAGCUCUCUAAAGCCUUAGCUCCCCCUGACCCAGCUGAGCCUCCUCCCCAACCCGCACCCGCCAAGCCUCCCCAGCCCGCUGCCCCGGCAGGAGUACCUCGCACACCUCCGAUGCCCAAGCCUCCUUCGCCUCCGAUGUCCGCACCGUCAGGUAUUCCUGAAGGCGAGGCCGCAGCUGCUACACAGACAGCCAUGACCAUGCUGCUAGCUCAGCUCCUCCAGGCUCAACAGGCUCAGAGGCAGGAGCCGAGCGACGGCGGAGAAGCCACCGAAAGCACCAACCCUGCUGGAGCAGCAGCACCGCUUCUACCUCCAGAGGUCAAACAGCCUCCAGAGCCCAGCCCGGUCUCUCCAGUGUCUGAGGUAGGUGGAGUAUCUAUCUUGCCCCCAGACCAGAGACCACCUGAGCCUCCAGAACCUCCUCCACACGCUGACCUGGACUACCGGCAGCCGCCACCCGAGCCCAAGACCGGCCACGCUCCCCCUAUUGCAUCCGCAGGUGGAGGCGAUGGAGGGAGACCCCCGGAGCCAGACUACCCACCUCUCCCUACCGCAGAGGGUUCCGGAUACGGGGGAGAGUACAGCCAUCCGCCUCCUCCCCCUUUUACUCCUGCGGGCUUCGGGGACAGCUACAUGGGUCACAUGCUGGGCGGAGGCCUCCCACCGCACACCCUGAGAGAGGUGUUUAGCGGGCCCGGUCAGGCUGCCGGCUCCUCCACUGCCCCCGGGGUCCUGGCACCGGCCCACCCGGACCCUUUCCCCCCCGGCGCCGGAGCCACGGGACCCAGCAGCAUGGUGUUCAGCGGGGACAAGGACCACCGCUUCGAGUACAAUCACAGCCCUUUACCUGUGGAGGGGCAGCCCAACCCCGGCGCCAUCCACCUGUACAACCACGCCAUGGCCAGAAAGGACGGCGUGCCUCCUCCCCCGCCCAUCCCCGCACCAGGACAACCCUGGGGCUCCCCCUCCCAAGUCGGGGCUCCACCACUACCCCUUGGCUUUGUCCCGCACGUCAACUCGACGGCAACAAUCAGAGGACGAGGGCUGCCUUUCUGAAAGACUGGAAAUAUGAAAUGUGACGAUGAACAAAAAAGGCUUGAGGACUCCGCCACGAGCCUGAAGCCUCUCAGGCCAGACGAGACGGAUCCGGAGAUGCACAUUCAGUUUGUAAUAACUUAAAUCUGUGUAAGGCAUUGUAUUCCUCCUCAGUCUGGAAUGUGGAGUACGUUGCAGAGGGACAGUCGAAUAACACCGGAGGAGCUUUUCUUGCUCAUACCAUUUUUCAUAUUUUUUUGUAAUCUAUUCUGCUGUCUUUUAAAUUAAACUUUUACCUUUUUUGAGUGUACAUUUAUCAGGCCAGGUAAAUUUUAAAAUCUCUACCUUAGCCUUUCUGUACUUGCUCCAGGGCAGACUAGUAUUAAUGUUUUGCACUACUGACUGAAGUAGGCGGAAACUAUUUUAGCAAUGAAAGGAGGCGGAUGAUGUGCUAUGUCAGCACCAUUAGGAAAUAUGACCAGUAAUGUCAUGUCCUCUUUCCUUUUUUUUUUUUUUUUUUUUUUUUAAAAAAUGGCCAAGAUUAUGUUGAAACAAUGACGGCUCAUUUGAUUGGCUCGAUGGAUUAGGCAUCAGCACAGGGAGCUAUUUGAGGAUAAGGACUGGUAGCUCUUGGACUACUGCAGCAAAUCUGACUUAAUGGAGAAAAAAAAAGGCUGUUUUCACGUUGAAUUCCACGGUGUUGUAAAAUCAUGAGUAAAACACGUAACCCGCCCCCUUUCCCCUGAGUUUGACAAGGAAACAAUGUCUUUUUUUUUUUUUUUUUGUACUAAAAUAAUUUGUCCUUCUCCCUCCUCCUUUGGCAAAUGUUUAUUAAAGAAAUGCCAACAGUG